AUGGCUAAGUGCCGGGGGGACAAGAGCAGGAGAGAGGAAGGGGCUGGAGAGCAGGGGGGCCAGUGGGGAAACAGAACGCGACGGGGCGAGAGGGGGACGAUGGGGACGGGCAGGGGGCACGGAGCGCGGGAAAGAGGGGGCCGCAGGGGUCUGGCCAGGGGUGGACCCGGGCAGCGGGAGGCAGGCGCGGGGGGAGCAGGGCCAGGGACCAGGACGCGACGGGAGGAGAGGGAAGGGACCGGGGGGGGCCCGGGCGGGGGGGGACAGCCGCGGAACGCCGGCGACCGGGGGGGGGGACGACGGGGGCCGGGGGGGGGACCACGGACCGCUCCAGGGACGCGACACGGUGGGAGCCUGGGCCGGGACAGAGGCCGCGAGCGGGAGACGCCGGGGGGGGAAGACCGGCAGGGAUUAACCACGCACCGCGCGGCGCCAGGUCAGGACGAACUGGGGGGACGGCCAGGAGGCCAAAGGCGCGACGCGAGCGAUGGCCGGCCCGGGGGGGGGAACCGGGCCGAAGGGGCCCAUACCGCGGCGCACAGAGCCGGACGACCGGCAUGA